CACGUGCUGCGCAGUUCUGCGUCUUUAUAACUGCUGUGCGUGUAUACGUUAAUAUGUAUUCAAGUAGUCAAGUUGAACUCGAGCUGUUUGACAAAAUGCCGCAAUGAUAGCAUAUAUGCUCCCUACCUAUGAAGUACGUGAAGCCAAUGAAACUGUACCAUGAAUUGUUGAAAUCAAACAAGCUCAAAGGAGGCCGUAGCCGUUUGCUUGGCUUGGAUGUAGGUGAUAAGUACGUGGGCCUCGCCUUUUCUGAUGUUAAUAACAAAAUCGCCUCACCGUUAAGUGUCCUGAUUCGCAAGAAAACUAAUAUCGACUUGAUGGCCACUGAUUUCCAGAGUUUGAUUUCUGAACUUUCCCUGUCAGGCUUUGUCAUCGGCUAUCCUUUUGAUAGGCAGAAGAACAACCCAGAUGCAGUGCAAGUGAAGCUUUUUGUUGACGAACUUAGUAAAACAGGAAAACUUGAAGAUUUGAAGUAUACCUUUUGGGAUGAGUGCUUUACAUCAAAGAAUGUCGAAUUUCUCUUGAAGCCUUUAACAUUGCAUCCAGUACAAGUUAAGACAAUUGUGGACAAAUUUGCUGCGGUAGGAAUCCUUCAGGCCUACCUGGAUUUUGCUAACCGGAGUCAAGGUGGAAAUCAGCAAAAUGAAAUCUUCCAAAAUGAAAAUGACUGAGAGUCUCAUGACUAAGAAUAGUGUCACCUUGAAAAUUACUUGUACUUGUAGUGACUGUAGCAAUGAAAUUACCUUAACUAUAUUUGUAGCUUGUACUUGUAGUGGCUGUAGCAAUGAAAUUACCUUAACUAUAUUUGUCGUAGUUAGUUUAUAAGAAUACCAAGUGUUAUACUUUCUGAUCAUGUAAAUGUUCCAUGCCUUUUAAUGUUUCACCUUCAGUAGAAUGUGAUA